AGGUCAUCUUCUUGAUGCCCGAACAGCUGGACGUUGUGCCGGAUUCGCAAGCACACAAGGAGUUGCAAAAGCAGCGGCAACGGAAGGUCGAGCUUCGAGACGAAGAUCUCGCAGCACAGGCUCGCCUCAUGGCGGCCUUUGGGGCGGCGAAGAAGGCCUUGCCCUCCUGCGGCCGAAUGCCCGAUCAGGUGCCUUGGUGGGAGAGCUGCAAAGACCGCGCGAGCGCGCGGGCCAACAGCAGGAGACUGGAGCAGGAGUACCUGGCCCUGGCAUCUGGCUCGGAGGUGGCUUUCUGCGAAAGCCUCAAGCAGGAGCGCAAGGCUGAGGUGGCUCGCGCACGUGCGGAUCGUUCGGUGCGAGCCAUUGAAGAUGCUCCAGUGCUGCCCUUGCCGAUGAUCAUCGAGGAGAUUGAAGCUGCAGAGCACCAGGAACAGGUGCAGCGGAACUUCCGCGCCCUCGCACGCCGAACACCUGCGAGCAGCAGCACCAGCGGAGGGCGGCGGCGCGGUGCCUUCAGCAGUCGUGCCGGAGCCAAAACGGAGGAAGCGCCCAUAGAGCCAGAAGACGAGGACUUGGGCGAGCUGCGAAGUGCAGAGGCCUCAGCGCAGCGGGGGGAUCUCAGGCCACUGCUGCGGCAGCAGAAGUUCGCCUGCGCGCGGAAAGACGCCACCCUCCAGCUGAUGACCGGAGCAGUGCAGGGUGAUCCGGGCCUUCUGGCUUUGGAGGGCCGCAAUGAUGAGCUUCCCCCACGGCUGACCAGGGCGCAAUGUGCGCAAGAGGAGUUCGAACGGCAAAGGGCCAGGUGGCACUUGCCUCCAAGGGGCAAGCACGUGGGCUACAUGCCGCAGGCCCAUGCUCUUGGCGCAGGUCAAGGAAACUUGGGAGCCGUAGAAGAAGGCGCCGCCCCGUCCGAAGGUCCAGAGCCGCGUGCUGCGCGGAGUCGGGCGGCCGCUCCGGCCUCAGCGCAGGAGGAGAUGUCCUUCGGGUUGCCAAGCUUCGAUGAUCAAAAUCAAUUCUUUCCAGGCUUCGCCUCCUUUCGCUGAGACACGGCGGACUGCGCGACCUGUGCGGGGAGAGUCAAGCGAAGGAGUCAUCCC